CCUGUCUCGUCGUUCUAAAGAGCCAGCGAGCCGGGCGCUGGGGCCAAGCUGGGGUUGGGGCGGGGGGGCUUUUCUCAGAAGGGGCGGCCGCCUGUUCCGGUGAGAUCUGGCGGGCCGAUCGCCGCUUUCAAAGUCCGGAGUUUCUUUUAAGAUCCCGGGGAAAUUGGCCCCCAAAGAAACUGUCUUUUCCAAGCAGCGAAGCGGGAAGGAAUCGAGUUUUGAUCCGGCUCUUGAGAGCAAACUUCCUACUGUUGGGGAAAGAAAGAGAAGAGACGAGAAGGAGGAAGGGUGAGGCGGCCGGGGAAGGGACUGCUGCUCGCUGCCUUGUCUUCGGGCGGUACGAUGCUGUCUAACUCCCAGAACCAGAACCCCCAAGUACUUUUCCCCAACCCACCCCCUCCUCCCCCGCCGCCUCUUCAGCCACAGCAACAACAGCCACAACUGGCCCAGCAACAACAGUUCCCCCAGUUCCAUAUCAAGUCCGGCCUUCAGAUCAAGAAAAAUGCCAUCACGGAUGAUUACAAGGUCACCACUCAAGUGCUAGGGCUGGGGAUUAAUGGGAAAGUUUUGGAAAUCUUUAACAAGAGAACUGCGGAGAAAUUUGCUCUGAAGAUGCUGCAAGACUGUCCGAAAGCUCGCAGAGAGGUGGAACUCCACUGGAGGGCAUCUCAGUGUGCCCAUAUUGUGAAAAUUAUAGAUGUCUAUGAAAAUCUUUACCAGGGUCGAAAAUGUCUCCUGAUAGUCAUGGAAUGCUUGGACGGUGGGGAGCUCUUCAGUCGAAUUCAAGACAGAGGAGAUCAAGCUUUCACAGAACGAGAGGCUUCAGAAAUAAUGAAGAGCAUUGGGGAAGCCAUUCAGUAUUUACAUUCAAUCAACAUUGCACACCGAGAUGUUAAGCCAGAAAACCUCCUAUACACUUCAAAAAGGCCCAAUACUGUACUAAAGCUCACAGACUUUGGCUUUGCAAAAGAAACCACCACACAUAAUUCCCUAGCUACACCAUGCUACACGCCAUACUAUGUGGCCCCAGAGGUGCUGGGACCAGAGAAAUAUGACAAGUCCUGUGAUAUGUGGUCUCUUGGUGUCAUCAUGUAUAUUUUGCUGUGUGGGUAUCCCCCUUUCUAUUCCAACCACGGCCUGGCCAUUUCUCCUGGCAUGAAGAAACGAAUCCGGAUGGGCCAGUAUGAAUUUCCCAAUCCAGAGUGGUCUGAAGUAUCUGAAGAAGUCAAACAGCUGAUCCGGAAUCUGCUGAAAACAGAUCCAACCCAGCGCAUGACAAUAACAGAGUUUAUGAAUCACCCCUGGAUCAUGCAAUCAAUGCAGGUUCCGCAGACGCCACUGCAUACUAGCAGAGUUUUGAAAGAAGAGAAGGACCUAUGGGAAGAUGUCAAAGAGGAGAUGACCAGUGCCUUGGCCACCAUGAGGGUGGAUUAUGAACAAAUCAAGAUCAAGAAAAUUGAAGACUCAUCUAACCCUUUGCUUAUGAAGAGGCGGAAGAAAGCAAACCCCCCUGAGCCAACUGCACUUUCUCCCUGAGGGCUCAGCGGAGACAAGCCUUGUGGUUGUGAAAGCAAUAACUAUAUCUAUAUAUAUUUUUUAAUGAAUCAGAGAUGACUGUCAUAUCAAACGCAUGGAAUUCAGAUCUUUGUACCAGACUAGUUAUUUUUUUAGCUGCCACUUGUGGUUCUGACCUUUCUGGGGCCAGGUAGGAGACAGCUGCCGUCUGUACAAUACACACAUUUUCCCCCUUCCUUUGGUCCUGUAGGGAAAUAUUUUUGGUAAACUCUGCCCUUAUUUUCCUUUCAGAGACAUGGAAAUUCCUGUGGUCAGCAUUUUAAGGGUUAAUAAUAAUGAUGAUGAUAAUAAUAUAUAUUUUUAAAACUACUGUAGAGCUGAAAUCCAGACAGUAAGAGUCCUGUGCUAGGUUUUUAGAGGUAAAGGCUUUCAGUUUGUAUCAGAGAAGAGCCAGGGCUACUGAAGAAAUACUGUGUGAUGCCAUUGUAUUAAUUUAAUACCAAAAAUUGUUCCUUUGAGGAUUGCUGUUUGGUCUUAAGCUCCAUUUGAACAUUUUGGAAGCCGUUGAUCUUAUACCCAAAGUACAAGAUGCCUCCUUUAAACUGGAAGCCUUCUCUCUAAUUGUGUGUACACAGGAUUACUUUUCUCUUACUUGUGAGUUGUGGAUUACAUGUAAUAAUAUGGUAGGAUGUAUGUUGAGUGUAAGUACAGGCGCAGGAAGGCCCUGCUUCUGUAUUCUACCCUGGAUGUUUGAGGGGUAGAGAGAGGGGCCUAUAAUGCAUCCCAACUUCUGUUUAUGAUCUCAGGGUAUUUGAAGGUGGGGGAGGAGAGAAGAUGUCUGUUGAAUGAAGACGUUGAUGAUUGAUCUUGUUCAUUAGCUGAUCCAACCUUCCUGGAGAAAUGCACCGGAACAUGUCUUGUGACCCAUCACCAUCUCAUUUCGUGUUCAUGCUGAUGUCCUUGUUGGAGCUCAAAAGUUCUCAUGCUUAUAAGAUUGCGGGCUCAUAUCUCCACAAAUAUGAACAUUGUAUCAUGAGGGUGUUGCCAUUGUUUUCCUGUGUAGCUGAGCAUGGUAGUUCUAAUCUACAACAACACCUGGAAACUGCUACUCUUUGGUGGAACAGGUAGCAAACCUGAGAUAUGCAUCUGACUGGAAUUCAGCUUGGACAUGGCAUGGGGCAAAAUCUGUCACCUGCCCAUUCUAAGGUAGAAAAUAUGGUGAGAAAUGGAAGCACCAUAAAAAUGGGUCCUUUGUGUCUUUGGAUGUUAUUUGGCCAAAUGGCACAACUGGUCCUGGUACUACCUGGAAAAUCAAAUAGCCACAGCUGUGUUUGGAACAAGGCAAAAUGGGCUUCUCUGCGGCCUGCAGACUUCAGCUGGGAUUCUCUUCAACUUCUUCAGUUUAUUUGCCUAAAGUUGAGCUCUCUUGAGUACAAAUUUCAGUUCUUACUCUGCAUUACAGAAGAAAAGGGUAAAGUGCCCCUUCACUGAAAACCUGCCUCCUUCUGGUGGUCAGUCCAUUUUUUCCCCUGUUCCUUUCUGUAUCUCUCUCAUCCAGGAAUGAGUAUCUUUUGCCAUUUUUGUUUCACAAGAUUUUAAUGUUUUAAACACACUUUUUUAAAAAAAGAA